AUAAUACCAGACAAACGCGAAAAACCACUAACUGUAGGUGCUUGAUUCUCACAUUUUGCUAUCUGCUCCUGCCUUGCCUUUGGCUAUACUGCCUGUCGUCGCUCCGCUCUGCUUGUCGGUUUUUGUAGUCUCGUGGUCGUGGAGUGUUGUGCACUGAUCGAUUUGUUCUGCUAGUUCUGGUUCAAUUAUCAAAUGAUAAGCCUCAGAACACUUGGAAGAAAUCGUAUAAUUCCAAAUCUUGAAAUUUAAAACUACUUUAAAUCAAGAGCCUUUCGAACAAGAAACAAAUAAAACACGAAUUUAUUGAACAAAACUAAAAAAAAUAGCACCGAUUCCAUUGCUAUUUUAUACAAAGUCAUACAAACAUCUUUACCUAUAUUUAUAGAAGCAAUUUUCCCACGCUCUCAAAACAGAUUAACAAGAAAUCUCUUUAAUUUAAGAGAACACACAAUUUAAACAAAAAAAAUACAAAUACUUAAUUAGAGCAAAAUGUUCCUAAAAAACUCUGGCCCCACAUCUACGAUGGCGAACAAUGUUGUGCGCCGCUGGAAAAGCUCAUUUCAUCAUCUAAAGCAGCAAAAACAGCGGCAACCUCUCGCCGCUGCCAGUCUCAGUCAAGGAGGAACUUCUAAUGUGUGUGGUGGUGCAUCAUCCGCGAGUUCAUCGUUGCCUUUAAAAUCAUCGCGUUUAUUAACUGCAACUUCGUUUACAUCACUUAAUUCUCGUUUAAAUUAUAGAAGCUUGACUUCAGCUGUCAAUCAAAUUACUUUAAAUUCAACAGGACUUGAAACAAAACGAAAAAUGUCGUCCAAGUGCCUUGCCGUCGAAAAUAUCAAUCCAAACUUUAUAACUAUGGAAUAUGCGGUUCGUGGACCUUUGGUGAUUCGAGCUGGAGAAAUCGAAAAAGAACUCGCAGCGGGUCAGAAAAAACCAUUCACAGAGGUUAUUCGUGCCAAUAUUGGUGAUUGCCAUGCUAUGGGACAGCAACCUAUCACUCAUCUUAGACAGAUGUUGGCUCUCACUUGUGACAAAUCUUUGUUUAACAACCCAAACAUCCCACAAGACGUAAAAGAUCGUGCCCUUGUUUGUUUGAAAGGUUGCCAAGGAGAAUCUAUUGGGUCCUAUUCCGAUUCAGCAGGUAUUGAAGUAAUUCGCCGUCAAGUUGCUGAUUACAUAAGAGAACGCGAUGGUAUUGAAAGUUGUUGGGAAAACAUUUACCUAUCUGCUGGUGCAAGUCCUGCAAUCAAGAGUGUGCUCUCCUUGUUGAACUGUGGUGUUGAUGGAAAACGACCAGCAAUUUUAAUUCCCAUCCCUCAGUACCCUCUGUAUUCAGCAACAUUGGCUGAAUAUGAUAUUGGACAGAUCGGCUACUACCUAGAGGAAAGUACUAACUGGGGAUUGGAUAUCAAUGAAUUGCAACGUGCUGUUGAUGAAGGAAAACAAACACAUUCAAUUCGUGCUAUUGUGAUCAUUAAUCCUGGUAAUCCUACUGGUCAAGUACUUACACGUGAAAACAUCGAGGCAAUCAUUAAGUUCGCACACAAGGAAAAACUAGUGUUGUUAGCGGACGAAGUUUACCAACACAACAUUUACGACAAGAACUCGAAAUUCCAUUCGUUUAAGAAAGUUUUAAUGGAAAUGGGUGCCCCUUACAAUACCUUGGAGUUAGCAAGCUUCAUGUCAACCUCAAAGGGAUAUCUCGGCGAGUGUGGAAUUCGUGGAGGUUACAUGGAACUUAUUAAUUUCUGUCCACAAGUGAAAGCUGCUUUAACUAAAUCAAUCACAGCAUCCUUGUGUCCUACAACUGUUGGUCAGAUAGCUGUCAGUGCACUAGUUAACCCACCGAAGAAAGGCGAUGAGUCAUACGACUUGUAUGUUAAGGAACGUGAUAGUGUUUUGGGGGCUUUGGCUGAAAGAGCUGCUCUCGUUCAUGAGGCAUUCAACAGCUUCGAAGGCUUCAGUUGUAAUGUAGUUCAAGGAGCUAUGUACGCUUUCCCACAGAUUAAAAUUCCACCAAAAGCCAUUGAGGCUGCUAAAAAGAAGAACAUGCCUGCCGACACUUUUUAUGCAUUCGAACUAUUGGAAGAAGCUGGAAUCUGUAUUGUUUCUGGUAGUGGAUUCAAACAACAGCCUGGCACAUAUCAUUUCCGCACAACAAUUCUACCCCAAACUGAGAAAUUGAAGGAAAUGUUGGAAAAAUUCCAAAAAUUCCAUGUUUCAUUUAUGAACAAGUAUAAAUAAAAAUCUAAUACUUUAUAGUUUCUUUCAUAAUUUGAACUCUUGAAAAACUAUUGUUAUAUCAGAAAAAAAAACUUUUUGCAACAAAUUGUCUAAUUAAGUGUACGUUUUCAUGUUAUGAGGAAGAGUGCAGGCCACUAAAAAUUAUAAGAGUUCCAAUAAAUUAUAAACAUAUUUUCUUUUGUAAGUAACCAUCAACUAUAUUUUGUGAUUGUAUCUAUGUCAAAUAUAUGAAAAAGAAUGUAUUCAAUGUUAAUAAAUUAAAUGUCAAUUUAAA